AUUUUCACGUAGUGGGUCACUUAAUGUGAAAUGUGAACCAUGAAUGGUUUGAUUUUCGCAAUUGAAAUAAAGAAAUGUGAAGAAUGGACAGGACCAGCAAGAAAGUGUGCCACUUGAAAUGUACAGAUGCAGGGGCCACACAUCAACCUGUUGUAUUGACCAAUCAGGAAGCAGUGAUCCUUGGGCGAUGUCCAAUCACAGGGAUUUCAGACAAGAAACUCUCACUCCAACAAGUGGAAGUGAUGGCAAAUGUUGAGGAGUGGGUUUUACAUCUAAAACAGCUUAGUUCGAGUCCAUCUGUAGUCGCUGGCAAGCCCCUGCAAAAGGGCGAAGAAGUGGUACUUGCGCAAGGAGACAGUUUCCAGCUGAUGGGCAAAAAGUACGGGUACCAGGUCUCGUUCCCAGACUCCCCUCUUACAGAUUUAGCGGCUGAAGCUGCAUCGGGUGGAUGUGGAGCCACUCUAAAUGAGAGAUCCAAUGGCAAGCAGUCCAAGCGGAGAAUUACAGAUUUUCUUCAGAGAGCGACAAACAAAAGACCGCUAUCGGGAGAUGACCAGGACGAUGAAAUGACCAGCUCUGCUAAAAAGCUUAAAGUUGAUCAUCCCCAAAAGGUAACAACAAAGAGAGAAAAACACACAGGAGUCAGUGACAGUGAAGAUGAUGAAGAUGUGUCAACACCCAAAGGUAAAACAACGGCCGUCUCAACUAAAAGUGUCUUGAAGAAAAGAACGUAUCAGGAGGCAAUGAGUGACAGUGACGGGGAGGAACAUACUCGCAAAACUACAAGUGAAACCUCCGUCGCCAAUUCUACCAUACCUUCAAAGACAAGAACACCUCAGAAGGAUGAUCAAAGGGCAGAUAAUGAAGGAGAUAAGAAGAAGAAGAAACAUAAUAAAAAGAUCCUGCAAACAGUGAACCGAACAAAAAAUUACAACGGAGCAGUGAGUGAUAGCGAUGAUGAUGGUCAAUCAAACGAUGUCAACGUUGUUGAGAAAGUUGGAGGAAGCUCUGGCCGUGAAGCACAAACUAAAAAGACGGCGUCAGAGAAGAACUAUAAAGCAGCGAUCAGCGAUAGCGAAGAUGAUGAUGAUGAUGAUGAUGAACAACUCUCGUCCGUCAAGUCCAGGCUCGCUGCUCUACAACAGAGCUACAAGCAGAAGCUGAUCAGCAAAGAUCCAUCGAGCGACGGAGUGACUGAGAAAGAAACAGGUGUGUCUGGUGAGGCAGGGAGCCAGCGAGGUAAGCCAGCGGCUGAUUCAACGUGGGCGGAGCAUGGCAAGUUAGUCUUGUAUACCAGCAAAGGAGUGAGAGCAAGCAAUAAGAUUGCCGGAUUUGACCUGGAUGGAACUAUUAUUACAACAAAAUCUGGAAAGGUUUUUGCAAGAGAUGCAGAUGACUGGAGGAUUAUUUACCCUGAAGUACCAGGAAAGCUGAAGAAACUUCAUUCUGAAGGAUACAAAAUAGUGCUUUUUACCAAUCAGCUUGGAAUCGGUAAAGGGAAGCUGAAACUGACUGACUUCAAACGGAAGGUUCUUGGGGUUCAGAGUAAGAUUGGGGUCCCUCUCCAGGCUUUUAUUGCCACCAGUGGAGGGAUGUUUCGCAAACCAGUCACCGGCAUGUGGACCCGACUCUGUGACCAAAGUAAUGAUGGAAUCAAGAUACACAAAGAUUCUAGUUUUUAUGUUGGAGAUGCUGCGGGUCGACCUGUUGAUUGGGUACCAGGGAAGAAGAAAGAUUUUUCUUGCAGUGAUCGAUUGUUUGCAUUGAAUCUUGGUCUAACAUUCCAUACACCAGAGGAGUUCUUUAUGGGACGGAAGAAGAACAAAUUCAAUCUGCCAGAAUUUGACCCGAGGAAGCUGUCAUCAACUGGUCCCCUGCUGAUACCAUCUUCUGCUCAGAUUCCAGCGCAGGGACAUUCACAGGAGGUCAUUGUACUAUCAGGAUUUCCAGCUUCCGGCAAAAGCAGCUUCGUCAAGAAGCAUCUACUGCCCCACAAAUAUGUCCACAUCAACAGGGACACCAUGGGUACAUGGCAGAAGUGUGUAGCAACAACAGAGUUGGCCUUGUCCAAAGGUCAGAGUGUUGUAGUGGACAACACCAACCCAGAUCCUGAAUCCAGACAGAGAUACACAGCAUGUGCAAAGAAAGCUGGUGUCCACUGCCGAUGCUUCAUUUUUGAUGUAAGCUUUACUCAUGCGAGACACAAUGAAAAGUUUCGAGGGAUGACAGCGGCAGGGAAGAACCAUGCCACGGUCAGCGAUAUGGUGUUCCACUCCUACAAGAAGAAAUACAAAGAGCCCACACCAGCCGAAGGUUUCCAUGCCAUCGUUCAUGUCAACUUCGUAGCCUCAUUCACAGACACCAAAGAAGAAAAACUGUAUAGAAUGUUUCUAUUGGAGAAAUAGGACCCGUUUGAUGUGGGACUGCCCUAUACUUGGAAACCUAUAUGCUCCCACAACACUAUGUUGCAAAAAAAACCUGAUGAUAUUGACACGAUAGAGAAUAAGGGUGAGGGUUAGGAUUAGGGUUUCUGAUUUCCUCGAACACUUCAAACGAUACAGACACUAAACAAAACUUUUUAAGAAUUGGUACAAGAUGAAGUGCAAAGAGCCAACACCAGCCAAAGGAUUUCAUGCCAUCGUUCAUGUCAACUUUUACCCUCACUCACAGACCCCAAAGAAGAAGAGCUGUAUAGAAUGUUUCUGUUGGAGAAAUAGGACCUGUUUGAUAAUGAUAAUAAGAAAUAAUAAUAGUGACUUCUUGUAUAGCUCACAUAUCCGUCACUCAGUGACACUCCAUGCGCUUUAAUAGAUGUUAUAUUUUCAUCAGGGUCAAAGCAUUUCAAUUUUGGCUUAACACUUACACUGAUGUGUGUAAGCACUGUAUACUCAGUAUUUCCAAAGUUUUGUGUAAAAAAGAUCUUAAUCCCAAU